CAUGCAAUGUGCUAUCGUCUAUGGGCUGUUCUCACAGCCAUUACGCUAAAAGAAUGAAGUUCCACUACACCAAAAACACCGAAAACUAAACAAGAUGUAGACAAAGCAGGAGGUGAGAAAUAUCGACCAACACCUAAGUCGGCCGUGAAUGCCGAUGCCGAAACGCCAGCGCUUAAAUAGCCCCUAUAACCAAGAGCGCUUCGACUCCCCAGCGCUCCUCAACGUUGAGUGACGUCAGAGCUCUCCUGGCAGCCUGUAAACCGGAGCGGAUCCGCUACAAAGAUUCACAACCAAGGGGAGGACAGCGAGAAAGGGUUUCAAGUACCUGGCACGUAACUGUACACAAAACAGGAUUAUUUUCAGUUGUCACCGAGGAAGAGUUGUCUGUCCUACCCCGGGAGCUGGGGGUAACCGUGCACGACACCCCCGCAAUGGAUAGGGUCAUAACUUGUUUCUUUGCUGCGGUCAGUUUGUUGAUCUCAGUAAGAGGACAAGUAUUUAAAGGCGACUGUGACUUUGAGAACUCCUACACGGCAUGCGGGUACAGCCAAGGCAAAGAGGAUGACCUAGACUGGGAGCAACUCAACACCGUGGAGAAGCCCUCCACUGACCCCUGGAUACCCACAGGUUCGGCCUUCAUGAUGGUGAACACGUCCGACCGCUACGCGGGGCAGCGAGCCCAGCUUCUCACCCCCCAGCUGAAGGAAAACGACACGCACUGCAUCCUCUUCAAGUACAUGGUGUCUGGCCGGGAGGGGGCCAACCCAGGCCACCUCAACAUCUACAUCAAGGAGAACAACAGUCCGAUGGGUGUCCCGGUGUGGAACGCUUCUGGGACCGCCACUCGAACCUGGGGUCAGAUAGAGCUGGCCGUCAGCACCUUCUGGCCAAACUUCUAUCAGAUCGUGUUUGAAGUGGUGACCUCAGGACAACGAGGCCUGUUAGCCAUCAAGGAUGUGGUACUCCAAGGCCACCAGUGCAUGAAUACGCCACACUUUCUUCAGAUAAAGGGUGUUGAGGUCAAUGCUGGACAAACUGCUACUUUCCACUGCACAGUGAAUGGACACCACAGAGACAACUUCAACCUGUGGUUACAGGGAAUUGGAGGUCGGGAGGCACCCAUGAAAGCCACCAAACCCUGGAACAACCGGCGGUUCAUCGGGACGUUCGACGUGGAGAACACGACCAAGGCCGACUCCGGUCACUACCGCUGCAUCGUGCACACGGGACGCGGCAUCGGGGUGUCCAACUACGCCCAGCUGACCAUAAAACAACCCCCGGUCCCGAUUGCACCGCCGCAACUCACUGCAGUGGGUGCUACCUACCUCUGGAUCCAGCUCAACGCCAACUCCAUCAACGGGGAUGGGCCCAUCAUCGAGAGGGAGGUGGAGUACCGCAUGGUCUCUGGGCCCAUGUACGACCUGCAGGCAGUGGACAAGACCACCCACAAGAUCGGCCACCUGGACCCUGACACUGAGUACGAGAUCAGCGUCCUGCUCACCCGCCCUCUGGAGGGAGGCACCGGGGCCCCGGGGCCCCCCCUCCGAGCCCGGACCAAGUGCGCUGAACCUAUGCAUGGGCCCCAGAAGUUGGAGGUGGUGGACAUCCAGUCCAAGCAGAUCACCGUGCGCUGGGAGCCCUUCGGCUACAACGUGACCCGUUGCCAUAGCUACAACCUAACGGCGCAGUACCGGUACCGGGCCGGGGCCAAGGAGGAGAUCCGGGAGGAGGUGUGCUACGACACCACAAGCCCCGCCCCCCAGCACACCAUCCGAAACCUGGCCCCCUACACCAACCUGAGUGUCCGGCUGGUCCUGCGCAAUCCGGAGGGCGUCAAGGAGAGCGUGGAGAUCCAGGUGCAGACCGACGAGGACGUGCCGGGGGCGGUACCUCUCGAGUCCAUCCAGGGGAGUACUUACGAAGAAAAGAUCGGCCUCAAGUGGCGGGAGCCCGUGCAAACGUACGGCAUCAUCACACUGUAUGAGAUCUCAUACAAGGCUGUGAGCUCCUUCGACCCAGAGCUGGACCUGUCCAAUCAAAGUGGGAAGGUGUUCAAGCACAGCAACGAGACAUCCCAUGUGUUCCUGGGGCUGGUCCCAGGAUCAACCUAUUCCUUCACUAUCAGGGCCAGUACUGCUAAGGGGUAUGGGCCUCCAGUCAUCACCCAGUUUACCACUAAAAUUUCAGCUCCCUCCAUGCCCGGCUAUGAUCAGGAGACCCCUCUGAAUCAGACUGACAGCACGGUGACAGUGCUGCUGAAACCAGCCCAGAGCAGGGGGGCGCCCGUCAGUGUGUACCAGGUGGUGGUGGAAGAAGAGCGCCCCCGUCGGGCCAGGAGGGCCGCAGAGAUCCUGCGCUGCUACCCCGUGCCCAUCCACUUCCAGAACGCCACCCUGCUCAACUCGCAGUACUACUUCACCGCCGAGUUCCCGGCCGCGGGCAUCCAGGCGCCCCAGCCCUUCAGCAUCGGGGACAACAAGACCUACAGUGGCUACUGGAACGCCCCGCUCCUGCCCCACAAGAGCUACAGCGUCUACUACCAGGCUGUCAGCACAGCCAACGGGGAAACCAAAAUUGACUGCGUCCGAGUCGCCACCAAAGCCGCCAUAAUCGUCACUCAGCUCACAACUCCCUACAUACGCAUCGCCCCGGCGGCUGGCGAAAACCAACUAACAGGGGCAGUGACUCGGAAGCCAGAUGCAGUCGAACCGGAGAAACAGACUGACCACACCGUGAAGAUUGCCGGGGUCAUUGCUGGAAUCCUGCUCUUCGUCAUCAUCUUCCUUGGCGUGGUGCUGGUCAUGAAGAAAAGAAGAACCUAUCACUCCUACACAUACUACCUGAAACUUGCGAAAAAGCGCAAGGAGACGCUGAGCAGCACUCGACAGGAGAUGACGGUGAUGGUGAACUCGAUGGACAAGAGCUACACGGAGCAGGGCACUAACUGUGACGAGGCCUUCUCCUUCAUGGACACACACAACCCCAACAGCAGGCCGGUGUCCUCACCAACAUCGUUCACAAUGAAGGCGAACACUCUAAGCACCACUGUACCCAACUCCUAUUACCCAGACCCAUUUGUGCCCACUGCUAUCCUAGACGAUGUGGAGAGGAUGAGGGGCAGUGACAGAGCGUCGCGGCCGCCGCCCGGCCGCGAGCUAGCGCCGCCGCGCACGCCCGGAGGAAGCGAAAGGCGUGCGGCUCUCUCUCUCUCUCCGCUUAGAGAGGGCGAUGCCAGUCAGUUGAAGGAAAGGAAAGAGAAAGAGAGAGUGCCCAUUAAUGAUGAGAGCCAGACCAUGGCGAGCGACACCAGCAGCCUGGUGCAGUCGCACACCCACUCCUACAAGAAGAGGGAGGCGGUGGUGGACGUGCCGUACCAGACGGGCCAGCUGCACCCCGCCAUCCGCGUGGCCGACCUGCUCCAGCACAUCACCCAGAUGAAGUGCGCCGAGGGCUACGGCUUCAAAGAGGAGUACGAGAUUAAUGAGAGCUUUUUUGAAGGACAGUCCGCGCCCUGGGAUUCCGCAAAGAAAGAUGAGAACCGGAUGAAGAACAGAUAUGGGAACAUUAUCGCAUAUGAUCAUUCCCGUGUCAGGCUGCAGGCCUUGGAUGGGGAGCAGAGCUCGGAUUACAUUAAUGCCAAUUACAUCGAUGGCUACCACAGGCCUAACCACUACAUUGCAACUCAGGGGCCCAUGCAGGAGACUGUCUUUGACUUCUGGAGGAUGGUGUGGCAGGAGAACACAGCCACCAUCGUCAUGGUGACCAACCUGGUGGAGGUGGGAAGGGUGAAGUGCUGUAAGUACUGGCCAGACGACACAGAGAUCUACAGAGACAUGAAGGUGACUCUCAUCGAGACUCAGCUGCUCUCUGAGUACGUCAUCCGGACCUUCGCCGUGGAAAAGAGGGGGGCCCAUGAGAUCCGGGAGAUCCGGCAGUUCCAUUUCACUGGCUGGCCGGACCACGGUGUGCCUUACCAUGCCUCGGGGCUGCUGGGAUUCAUUAGGAGGGUCAAGGCCAAGAACCCUGCCAACGCCGGGCCCAUGGUCAUACACUGCAGUGCUGGGGCGGGACGGACCGGCUGCUUCAUCGUGAUUGACAUCAUGCUGGACAUGGCAGAGAGGGAGGGCGUGGUCGACAUCUACAACUGCGUGCGAGAGCUGCGGUCACGGCGAGUCAACAUGGUCCAGACUGAGGAGCAGUAUGUCUUCAUCCACGACGCCAUCCUGGAGGCCUGCCUCUGUGGAGAUACCACUAUUCCCGCCAACCAGAUUCGGUCCGUCUACUACGACAUGAACCGCCUCGACCCCCAGACCAACUCCACCCAGAUCAAAGAGGAAUUCCGGACAUUGAACAUGGUGACCCCCACUCUGAGGGUGGAGGACUGCAGCAUCGCCCUGCUUCCCCGAAACCACGAGAAGAACCGUUGCAUGGACGUGCUCCCCCCCGACCGCUGCCUGCCCUUCCUCAUCACCAUCGACGGCGAGAGCAGCAACUACAUCAACGCCGCGCUCAUGGAUAGCUACAAGCAGCCAUCUGCGUUCAUAGUUACCCAGCAUCCUUUGCCAAACACAGUCAAAGAUUUCUGGAGGCUGGUGUUGGACUACCACUGCACCUCCAUAGUGAUGCUGAAUGACGUGGACCCGGCCCAGCUGUGUCCUCAGUACUGGCCUGAAAACGGGGUCCACCGCCACGGCCCCAUCCAGGUGGAGUUUGUGUCAGCUGACCUGGAGGAGGACAUCAUAAGUAGGAUAUUCCGCAUAUACAACGCGGCACGGCCGCAGGACGGGUACCGCAUGGUGCAGCAGUUCCAGUUCCUGGGCUGGCCCAUGUACCGGGACACGCCCGUGUCCAAGCGCUCCUUCCUCAAGCUCAUCCGGCAGGUGGAGAAGUGGCAGGAGGAGUACGACGGAGGGGAGGGCCGGACUGUGGUGCACUGUCUAAAUGGAGGGGGGCGUAGCGGAACAUUCUGUGCCAUCAGCAUCGUGUGUGAGAUGCUCCGACACCAGCGAUCAGUGGAUGUGUUCCACGCCGUCAAAACGCUGCGAAACAACAAACCCAACAUGGUGGACUUACUGGAUCAGUAUAAGUUCUGCUAUGAAGUCGCACUGGAAUACUUGAAUACUGGUUAACCUGCCUUGAAGCUCCACCCUGUUCCCUUGUACCACACCUGGACAGCGAAGCAAUCUUAGAACGUUAGUGGAAAACGAGGGAACGUAUUCGGGCGGGCGAACGGACAGUGGCCUCGCCCGUCUCAGCUGGCCCGGGAUUCCCUGGCCUGUAUGUACAGCGAGAAUCGGUCAAAAUCACACGUCUGUACCUGUGUUUGUAUCUCAUCCAGUUCCCAUCCAUCCAAGCUUGCUGGACAAACCGCCAGAGCACAGUGCUAUAUUUACAUGUCUCUUGACCUGUUCUUAUAUUUUUUUAAUCUCCUCUUACCCCUGAUCCUUGGAUGUUGCCUUCAAAUUCAGUGGACAAUUUUUUUUUUUUUCAUUUGUAUUUUUCUUUUUUUUUUUGUGGGGAAUGCAAUGUUGUGUAAACGUGUAACUGCUCAUUUUUAAACCUGUAAUUAUAUUUGUUGAUGCAAAGUUGUACAACGUAGCUGCAGUUACCUGGCAUUUUUAACUUUCGAGACUUUGAAUCCUAAGUGUUUUGCUUUGUUGUGCUGUUACUGGAAUUGUCAUUGUAUCAGAGGAAACAUUGACACGAUACACACAAGUUUAUGUUCCGUCAUAGUCAAAGGACCCAAAGCUUUUGUUAUGGUUUGUUUAUAUUGUAAAUAUUUUUUUCCAGAUUAUUUAUUCAUUCAGAGUACAUUUUUUGUGAAGCACAGUGAGUGACAAUCAUGUGUUUUGGGUUUAUUAAUUUUAUUGACCAGAGGAUAUUGUUAGGCUUUCUCUUGUAUGGAAUAAUAACUCAAAUUUAGAAAUACAUAUAUCUCUGCCAUGG